AUGGAGAACGACAAAGGCGAGCUCGUCGACCUUUACGUCCCCCGCAAAUGCUCCGCGACCAACCGCAUCAUCAAAGCCAAAGACCACGCGUCCGUGCAAAUCUCCGUCGGCAAGGUCGACGAGAACGGGCGCUACACGGGGGAAAACCAAGUCUACGCGCUGUGUGGGUUCGUAAGGGCCAUGGGCGAGGGCGAUGACAGUUUGAACCGGCUGGCGCAGAGGGACGGGCUGGUGAAGAACGUGUGGACUGGAAGUUCGCAGCGGUAG